GCCAGUGCAGGAAAAUGGUCCUUUACUCUUUGUCAUGGGCUGAGCCCCACCAAAUCCCAGUUCCCAGUUCUGCUUGUAACUUGCUGUGUGAAUGCAGGCUCCUCAAGUCCCCUUUCUGGGCCUCAGUUUCCCCAUCUGUACAAGUCUGAGCCCCAGGAUUCCAGCCCCAGGCCAGGCCAUGGCACUGUGCCUGAAGCAGGUGUUCGCCAAGGACAAGACGUUCCGGCCGCGGAAGCGCUUCGAGCCGGGCACUCAGCGCUUUGAGUUGUACAAGAAAGCACAGGCCUCGCUCAAGUCCGGCCUGGACCUGCGCAGCGUGGUGAGGCUGCCGCCCGGCGAGAGCAUCGACGACUGGAUCGCCGUGCACGUGGUGGACUUCUUCAACCGCAUCAACCUCAUCUACGGCACCAUGGCUGAGCGCUGCAGCGAGACCAGCUGCCCGGUCAUGGCCGGCGGGCCGCGCUACGAGUACCGCUGGCAGGACGAGCGCCAGUACCGGCGGCCAGCCAAGCUCUCGGCGCCGCGCUACAUGGCGCUGCUCAUGGACUGGAUCGAGGGCCUCAUCAACGACGAGGAGGUCUUUCCCACGCGUGUUGGAGUUCCCUUCCCCAGGAACUUCCAGCAGGUCUGCACCAAGAUCCUGACGCGCCUCUUCCGAGUCUUUGUCCACGUCUACAUCCACCACUUCGACAGCAUCCUCAGCAUGGGCGCAGAGGCGCACGUCAACACCUGCUACAAGCACUUCUACUACUUCAUCCGCGAGUUCAGUCUGGUGGACCAGCGGGAGCUGGAGCCACUGAGGGAGAUGACAGAGCGGAUCUGUCACUGAGCCAGACCUGGACUUUGUUGCCCGUCAGAUGGACCAUCUGAACACAGGGUGGCUAGGGAAGGGGAGCCUCAGGAGUCUGGUGGUAGAGGACUCUGAAGGCCCAGGGACCCCUCCACACACCGAAAUCCUCUGGACUUCUGGUUCUCAGGAGUCUGUCUACAUGUCCCCCUGACUGCUCAUGAAGGGAGAAGGGGAGGGCUUCGAGGUGGGCAAACAGAAGGAAAGCAGAGUUAGACCUCUCGCACCAAGUCUGGGAGUCGGGUAGGCUAAGGGUUUCUUCUGUGAUGCUUGACCCUUCCAUGGUGGUUCCCAGGCCUAGCUGAAAAAUGUGGAUGUGGCCAAGGUGAUGGCAAGAAAGGUACAAGAGAGUGAGCAGCCUGCGUGUGAGUGAGCACAGAUGCCAGGGUGUGCGUGAGAUUCUGACUGUGGGGCGCGUCUGCGAGCUAGCUGCCUUAGACCCGCCCUGGCACACAGUAGGCCCUGCAUAAAUGUCGGAUGGAUGGCUGGACAGAUGGGUAGAUAAAGAGAUGGGGACCAUCAGACCAUGACCAUUGUAGGAGUGAUGACAGGUCAGUGUUCCCACUCAGUGUAUGUGACCAUGUGUAAGUGCACAAAUUAUGAUUGUACAUGCAGCUCUAUGUCUGAACCUUCCAGGCUACAGUCUUCCAUCAGUGUGUGAGUUUUGGGGAGCUGGGGGAAGGUGGGAAGGGAAGCCUCUUCCUGACUUCCUAAAGCCCUGGCCCACCACAGACACAGGUUCUGAUUCGCUCCCCUGAGAUGCCCAAGAGCUGUCAUUUCACUCAUCCUUCUGUCUCUAGGAGGGCCUGAUUAUAGACAGCCUCAGCCUCCUGGGGGUUGGGGAUGAGCCCUCAUGUCCACAAAGGUCCCCUGGCCCUUAAAGUGGGAAUCAUAUUCUCCAAUCUAGCACGCAGAAUCUACAGACCUGGCUCCUCCAGUUUGAAGCCCAGCACAAAAUACUCCUUCAGCUCAAGCAGGUAGUGGAACUUACAACUGGAAACUCCAAGUCUUGUCUCUCAUCUUGGACACUGAGGAUCAUGUAGCUGGCAAACGGACUCUUCCAGGCUUGGAGAGCACCCAUCCUAAAAGCACCUGCCUCCUUCCCACCCACCCCUGAGACAUUCCAGCAGGUUGAAUCUCAAGACACAGCUGUAUCCAGAGAGACUGGGAUGUCCAUUCAGCACACCUUUGCUCAGUACCUCCAUGCCCAGCCCUAUGCCCAGACCCACAGGUGGUGAAACUGAGGCAGGAACAGGGUUCUGCCUUCCCAGAGCCUGCACUCUGGGAGUCCAGGAUGGAGAGCCAGGAGGGACCUGAGAUCAUCCAGUCUUGCUCUCGUAACCUGCACAGGAGGAAACUGAAGCCAGGAGAAGAGGAGGGAGAACCUGCCCAAGGCUUCACAGUGAGGCUUUCAUGAAGCUGGAAUAGAAACCAGGGAUCCUGACUUCUACCCUGGGGCCCUUCAAUUGCUACACAGAGAUGCACUGGAAAGAGAGUUUGACAGACCUACUCCAGGACACAACUAUUCCUGCUUUGAGCAAGGAUUUCUAGCCUGAUGCCGGAAUGUCCCACUGUCCCUUGGGUUGUCUCCUGAGCUGAGCCUCCAAAAUCACACCCAGCUCGAUGGCCUAGAUGCUGCCUAUCCUCUGGGGAAACAGAUGGGGCUCUUGGGGCCACCCAGAUGGGCCUGGGACUUCCACCCCUGCUGCCUCUGGAGUGGACUGGCAGCUUUGUCAGAGGCUCUGGAGUGAGGAGAGUUGGAGCAUCCCCCAGGGUGGACUGUGGCUUGCAACAUGGAUUCUAGGCUGUGGCAAGGGCUGAUUGUGGGGAGGGGGAGUGGGGAAAAUCUAUUUUUAUGAAACAGA